CUAGUUCAGACUGGUUGAAUAAUGUUAACAACAAGUUGAGGUGUUAGGCGUUGGUAGCACUCAGAGAGUCUAACUUUAGAAACACUUUUUGGAAAGGGCACUAAAUGUGUAUGGCAGGCCUACAAAUGCACCUCUAGCUCUGUUUUUAUUGAACCUGCCAGGAAAAAGAACAGCAGCAGUUUCUCCAGCUAUACAAGACUAAAAGUGUCAUUCCAGCUGCUGCCGCAGUAAGCAGAAACACAAACUGACAAAUGGCUAUGUGGACAAACAUCUUUCAGUAGCUGGCAGUCAAGCAGGAGCAUUCAACGUGGAAGGACAUCAUCACCAUUCAUUUCAGGAAAGGAAAUCUGAGAACCUUAUAAAAUAUGAACCUAAAUGAAAAAAGGUGGAAUGAGAACUACCUGGAAGAAAUGCUAUGUUUUACUUCUCAAAACCUACCAUUGAUUAAAGUUGAAGAUAAUUACACUAUUGUCAAAGAGCUGGGCAGUGGUUCUUAUGGACACGUACUACUUGCAAUGAACCAGUCCAGAGGGAAUCUAAUGGCACUCAAGUUCAUGCAGAAAAACAUAACUGAGCUUCGUGUUUUCCUUAUUGAAUACUGUCUAUCCCUCAGUUUGUCAACUCACCCAUGCAUUAUCAAUACUUUUGGAAUCGCUUUCCAGACAGAAAGACAUUAUGUCUUUGCCCAGGAACUUGCAAAUGAUAACCUCUUCUCCCUUAUGAAGCCUCAGGCUGGUGUACCAGAAAGUUCAGUCAAGCGUUGUGCUAUCCAACUUUCCAGUGCAUUGGAUUACAUGCACAAAAAAGGUCUGGUUCAUCGUGAUAUCAAGCCUGAAAAUAUUCUUAUCUUUGAUAAAGAGUGCCGCCAAAUUAAAUUGACAGAUUUUGGACUAUCUUGCCGAAAUGGAGCACCUGUGGAAUCGAUGGCUGAAAAUUUGCCUUACACAGCCCCAGAAAUGUGCUGUCUUGGAGCAGCAGACAAGCUAAUUGCACAUACAAGUUUAGACACAUGGUCAUUUGGGGUUCUCCUCUUUUGCACAUUAACUGGAUAUUUUCCAUGGCCUUCUGCAGUUACCACUGAUACCCAUUAUGUAGAAUACACCAAAUGGCAAAGAAGCAAAAGGAUUUUCCAGGUUCCAACCCACUGGAAGACCUUUAGUCAACAAGCUAUAGAAAUGUUGACAAAAUUGAUUGUCCCCGAUCCAGAAAAGAGAUGUUCUUCCACAGAAGUCCUAAAAUAUCUCAAAGUACCCUGGAAGGUCAUCCUUGAUAAUCACAAGGCUACCAAUUCUAACGCUUUUAAAAACAAAAACUUUGUUUGGAGAUAGUACAAGCCAGUAACGAAUACAUACGUUUUCUGACUGAACCAGCUAAAAUGAGUAAACGAUUUGAAAUAUGCUGCUUCGGGUUUCACCAGACUUUCACUUUUUUGGAUGGCCAAAGACUUUGGUGCUCCAUACAUACAUGAAAUGUUAUCUUUAAUAUAUCAUGACUCUGAUAAGAUGUCAAAAGGACACUCCCUUCAGUAACAUUUUUUUAAACUCAUUUUUUAGGCAAGCUCUCAUUCCUUUUGUUUUAUAUAAAGCAUUUGUAUGUCAUAACUCUAAUACAGCCCCUUUAUGUUGUCAAUUUGAGUGCUACAAAAGAUGCUGCUGGUUUGUGUUUCAAAGCUUGUAUGAGGCACUGGGAGAAGCAAUUUGAAUGGCAAACCCCAGUGAAAUGGAAGUGUGUUCCAUAUAUCCUUUGAAUGAGGAUUGGAUGGGGUCCUUAUGGAGUUUGAGCGAAUGCAUAUGUUUUAGGCUGCUAUAUGUGGAAUUUUUUUUAACGUUUUUGGAACCAAUUAUUUUAUACAUGUAUACGAUAAUAAAUUUUAUGGUUUAACAUCCA